AGGCAGUGGUAAUAAAUGUGGUUGCUGACAUUACAGAUAAUUGCUAUGAAGCACCAGACUGAGAUAUAUGAGGGUGAGCCCCUCAACUUUGAAAUGGUAUACCGGCGGUACCUCAAGUUUGCAAGUCAGAAUUUGACAGUGCAGAAUGUAGAGAGGCCCAUCAUUCUUAAAGCUUUCGAGCAUUUGAAGAGUCUGGAGCUUGUGGUGCCAAUUGGUGGCCCAAGCAGUCAUAUCCUGAAGGAGUUCCAGCUGCAUAUGUUUCAUCUGACAUCACAGCAAGUGACUGAUGCCGUGAAGCGUUACCAAGGCUUGCCAACUGAAGUAUCCCAGUGGGCAGCGAGCAGUUAUCAGUAAUGCCUGUGAAGCUUAGAGAAAAUAAUAUUUACUAUGUGUACUGUACCAAAACCACUUUUUUGCAUUUAAGGGCUACUCUGUUGUUACACUUUUUUGGCAAUAACACAUCAUUCAUAUGCUAGACUACAUUUUACACCAAUUGAAAGGUACAUAAGUUUCAUUGUUCUGCUAACAGUUUUGUGUAAAGCACCCAAAACCUGUAGAAAUAUUAUAGACUAGCUGUUUCUAAAUA